AUGACUCCACAAUCGAUUUCACCUGUACCUUCCGCAGUCUCUUCAGCCGCAACGUCACAAAUUUUCAACGACUUUGGAGAUGGAGAGUCCCAGGUAACACGUGCUUUUGCGGGCACACAUCUGUCCGAAAUGAACGGGGACGCCCUCCCCUCCUCCCCUGGGCCAGUGAAGGCACCCAAACCGACCAUGGCCAACCGCAUCUCUCGUAUGUUCUCGAAUACGGGCAAGACGACCCUCAAGGAGUUGGAUCCGCAUCGCGAUUUUUCGGAUAGCAGCUCGGAUAGCAUCAAAGCAUCCUCCAAUGGUAGUACGAAACCUUCGAAACCCUCGUCUCGCCCUACCUCAAAACCCUCCUCAAGAGCGCCAUCCCGUCAAACGUCUACCAGAGAGGACGCAAACGAACGCAAGAUCAAAUCCAGCAGCGGCAAGGACCAAAAAGAAGCUCCAGUCGCUCAUCGACGCUUUGAGGUACCCGGCGAUGGUACUCACCUACAUCACCUCAAGAGUGCCAGAAGGCAGGAGAAGUUGACCGACUUGCUCCGCGAUAUGCUGGGUGGCGGGAGAAAGAAGGAAGAUCAUGUCGAGGAACAGCAACUGUCUCUCAUGUCUACAUGGAUUGACCAAUUCAAGACCGAACGCGACAAGCUUGCUGCAGACAAGAAGGGCGGCCCCAAUGCCACGGCCUCGCUAGUUGAUAAGUACGGCAAGUGUCAAGAGAUCGUUGGUCGGGGUGCUUUCGGUAUUGUCCGCAUAUCUCACAAGGUGGACCCCAAAGACUCCAGAGUCGAGCAGCUUUAUGCCGUCAAAGAAUUUCGCCGUCGGCCCCAAGAAACUACGAAGAAGUAUCAGAAGCGGUUAACAUCGGAAUUCUGCAUUUCCUCAUCUCUCCGCCACCCCAACGUGAUACAUACCCUCGAUCUCCUGCAGGACGCCAAAGGAGACUACUGUGAAGUCAUGGAGUACUGUGCAGGCGGUGAUCUGUACACACUGGUAUUGGCCGCUGGCAAAUUGGAAGUUGCCGAGGCCGAUUGCUUCUUCAAGCAGCUCAUGCGGGGUGUUGAAUACAUGCAUGAAAUGGGUGUCGCCCAUCGCGACCUGAAACCCGAGAACCUUCUGCUGACCACCCAUGGAGCUCUCAAGAUCACGGAUUUCGGAAACGGCGAGUGUUUCCGUAUGGCUUGGGAGAAAGAGGCCCACAUGACUGCUGGGCUCUGUGGUUCGGCCCCUUACAUUGCCCCGGAGGAGUACAUUGAGAGGGAAUUCGACCCAAGAGCGGUCGACCUGUGGGCGACUGGCGUGAUCUAUAUGGCUAUGCGGACUGGGCGACACCUUUGGAGAGUCGCCCGCAAGGAUGAAGAUGAGUUUUAUCAGCGGUAUCUGGAGGGUCGCAAACAUGAAGAUGGUUAUGCUCCCAUCGAAACUUUGCAUCGGGCUCGUUGCCGGAACGUCAUCUACUCUAUUCUGGAUCCCAAUCCUUCUCGCCGAAUCAAUGCCUCGCAGGUGCUCAAAUCCGAGUGGGUCCGUGAGAUCAAGCUAUGUAAGGCCGGUGAGGAAGGAUUCUAAAACAGAACUCAACAAGCAACAUAUCCACGCUGUUGGGCUCCCUUUCAACGCACCGGGGAUGGUCGCUUGAGAAGGGGCCCCAUGGUCUCAGCUGGCUCAAUCUUGCGUUAGUCGGGGCUGUGCAUCCCUUAUUGAGAAGUCUAUCUCUUGCUUGGUGUGUGUGUUCCAAAAACAAAACCAUAGACCCGGGUGGUUCAUGUGUCUGCCGUUCUACAGGCGAAUUUUCUUUUCCUUCCGCCUGCUUCUUUCUCGGUCUGUCUUGCGACUGAUACCAUAGAAGGGGGCUCUUUUGAUUCCGAAGCUAUCAUACCGGCGCAUGUUUUUCUGUCUCUACCACUACUUUAUACUCCUGCCUACUAGCUUAUGGGUUUAGUUUGGUCGUCAUGUUUCCAUGUCAAUGCAACGAACAGUCAUGAUCUAUGAGCCACCU